AUGAGGAGCUCCGUGCACGUGCCAGCCGCGGUAGCUGCGCUGCUGGGCCACCCGGUGGCGGCCCUGUCGGAGAGGCCGGCGCCGCGGCUGACGCGUCUGCUGAUGAACGUGACGGUGCAGCAGAGCCUGUGGCCGGUGCAUGUGCUGCUGGGCGCGGACGCCACCGUGGCCGACUUCACUCGCGCCGCCGUCGCCGCCUAUGCCGCCGAGGGGCACAGGCCGCCGCUCCCCGCCGAUAACGGCGCCACAGACGCGGCCGCACGGUUCGAGCUGCACCUCUCCAAGUACGCCCUCGUCGCUCUGAACCCGGAGGUCAAGGUGCUGGACCUGGGCUCUCGCAACUUCUUCCUUUGCUCCAACAGAUCAGCUUACGGAAAGGUGCGGCUACGCUCGAGUGCACCCACGCAGGUUAUCCCGGCCGUCAGUAUUCUCUGA